ACAUUCGAGGUGUACUAAAAUGGAAUGUGAUGGUGCUGUUCGGAAAUACUAUUCAGGUGCACUUCAGGAGGUAACUUUUCCACCUUAAAAUUUCAGGGUGGAUUUGAGUAACUUCUACAUUUGGCGGGAAUUUACAUCAUACGUACAUGAGGUAGAUCGUCGAUACAUAAUCUGUGUUCCAAUAUUCACUGCCACUACUGAAAAUUUAGUACUGGCAAUGAAAAUUGGAACCCAGCCGUAAUAUUUGUCGUUUGCACAAAAAAAAUACAUAGAUUGGAUUAAAGAAACAGCAAUGGAUAUUAUAACCUUGUCCAAAGAAAGACAUAGAUUGUGUACAGAUACAAACAAUCAGCCAAUGUAUGAUCCUCAAGGAUUUUUAAUAAUAUUUGACGUAAUAGAUAACAAGUUAAUAUCAGUGCCUGUUUCGGAAGAAUCUUUGACAUUUUUCGACUUACAACAAGUAGUUCUAAACACUGAUAAACCCGAAAACUGUGAUCUUGAGUCCAGCAGUACAUUUACAAGUAUUCAAUCAAUUCAACACGCAUCUUGGAAGGAUCACAAUGCCGUAAGGCGAUUAAUUUAUGCCUGGAAAGAACAUGAAAAAGAUUUUAAAAGUGGAAAAUAUAAGUCUUCCGAGGUGUGGAAAAAUAUUGCCACUGUUCUUCAAAAUGAAAAUAAGCUGUGGAUAUAUACUGGCGUACAGUGCGAAAACAAAUUUAAAGAACUACGCAAGAAAUAUUGUAAAGUUAAAGAUCACAACAAGCAAUCAGGCAAUAAUCCAAUUACUUGUAAAUUUUUUGAUGAAUUUGAAGAAAUAUUAGGAGAUAAACCAUAUGUCCAACCUGUGGCCUUAGCCUCCAAUUUAAAAAAACGACCACCAAUGUCCAGUUCUCAAGAGAGUGAUAUAGAAAGUACAUCUGAUAAAGAUGAAUAUGAUAAAAAGAAAAAAGUGAAAAAAACCAGAGUUCAGAAAGAGUUGAGCGAAUGGUCUGCUGCUUUACGUGAAGAUGCUAAGCGUUGGGAGGAAGCAAAAGAACGGCGUCACAAAGAGAUAAUAACAGCAUCUGAUCGAGCAAUUGUUGUGUACAAAGAAAUGAUGGAGAAACUUAUUGACAAGUUAUAAGAACUGAAUAUAUAAUUGCGAGAAGUUUUAUUACAAGUUCCAAAGAAAAUCUGUGAUGUCACAUUUUAUUUUAAUAA